CCCCAAUAUUUCGUGAAUUUCUCGCUAUGUUGGCAAAUACCAUCGCGCCAUAAAGUGAGCGGAGUGUUGCUGAAACGGGUGCGAGAUCAGCUUCGCCGGAGCCAUGUCAUCGAGCUGAUCAAUAAACAAGUCUACGUCUCGCUCGUCACCGACGGAUGGAGUGACACCAACAGCUCGAGUAUAAUCAAUUUUAUGGUGGUUGCACCCGGGAUGCCGUCCGUCUUUUGGUCGUCAUGGUCUACCAGAUCCGAGCAGCACACGGCAAGAUAUAUCGCUGGCGAAAUUGACAAAGUUAUCGAGGAAAUUGAACGUGAUACUACAGCCGAAACAACGCGCAUGAGGGGCGCGUCGGCUCGAGUACAGGGCAGACGCCCAAAUGUGGUGAGCGGUGGCUGUUCGGCCCACGUACUGAAUUUAUUGGUGCAAGACGUGUGCCAAUUUCCUGCCAUUAAAGCGAUCCUGUCGAGAGCUGUCACCCUGACACGCUUUAUUCGAGACCACCUUGCCUUACUUGACGAGUUCAAGCAGUUGAAGAAAGAAACGCGCGAAUCGGGGAUUAAAACGCGCAAUCUCGUGCUACCAAUGCCGACGCGAUGGUACUCAGUGCAUGCCUGUAUGCGGAGUGUGCUGAACAGCCAGGACAUAUUCGAGAAAUUGUUUUUGAGUCCUGAGUACGAUCGAUUUCUUGAUCGCUAUCGUGGAACCGCGGCAAGUCGGAGGAAGCUUCGCUAUAUCACGGAGCUCAUCCGCGAUAACGGGUUUUGGAGUAGCUUGAGGACAGUAGUACGCCUUCUCGAUCCCAUCAUUACGGCGCUCCGGGCAUUAGAAACAGACAAUAUGUUUGUGUCGGGUGUGUAUUGGUGGUUCCGGUGGCUUCGUUAUCAUUCGGCUUACGGUGUCACGUCACCCGACGAAUAACAGCAGGAUGAUGCGGCGGGUCCACCGACGGAGCCGCAGAAUCGCGUGGUGGAGCGGCAGAACAACAGAGAAGCGCAUGGACCUGCGCGAGAUGGAAUCGAACUUCUGAGCGACACAGUAGAGCGCAUAACCUCCACCAGCAGCGCUGACAAUGAGCUUCAAAGUGUAUUGGCAGAGGAUGAAAGCAUCCUUACUGGAGAUGACUACAAGAAGGUUGCAACUUUAUCGCUCGUCGAGUUGCAAGGCUGCUUUCGUGAAAAGAUCAAGAAGCGCUGGACGUACGUGCACACCAACGCAAUGGGCAUUGCAUUCAUGCUCGAUCCUGCUACGGAUCUUGACGACUUUGUUGGCAUGGACAGCGAGAAGGUAGAUGACCAAGCCUGCCUAAUGGCGGUACGUUGCGGCAUCAUAACGGCAGUGGAUAUACCUAAGCUGACCGCGGAGAUUCUUGAGUUCAAGACUGAAAAACGGCGUGGUGGUGAAGCUGAGCGGGUAAAGUUUUCUGAGUCAAGUCCGCAGUACUACUGGGGCUCGAAGAGUGAGAAGAAGUCUUUCCGGUACCCGCUCCUCAAGAAGGUAGCUGAUAUUGUAUUUGCGAUUCCUACUUCAUCGGCUGCGAGCGAGAGAGCAUGGAGCAUAUUUGAUCACAUUCACUCCAAAAGGAGGAAUAGACUCUCCGUAGAAAAGGUCGAGAUGCUUGCAUUCAUCUACAUCAAUUAUGGCAUCAUUGAGAGCGAAGAGCUCGAUCUUGCGCGUCAUCAAUCGCGCCCAGAGAGUGUAGAAGUCGACAACUAAUCUUUAAUACAUUGUGUGUUUGGUUUUACUUUAGGUCUUCAUAUACCUUCUCUUCAACAUAGAACUCUUGGUGGUAUUGAUCUGGGCCUGCACGUAGCUGCUGGCGUACUACGCGCUGUUCUGCUGCGGCUUUCGGUUGUCUUUGACGAAGCGACGCGCUUGCUUCUGGAUAAGCUCGGCUGAAGCCACCGCACAGGUCUGGAUGUCCGCCUCAAUAUCUGUGCCUUGUCCGCCCGCAACCUGCGCUUCUCGAAGUAAUGGCCAUUGAGAUACUUCGUCUGAUGCUCGCCCAGCUCCACGUUGACGGCCAGGUGUUUGAGGUACGUCGACGGCUUGAUCGCGGACUCGUCACUCGCGACCCGCUUGGUCUCUCCCUCGAGGAUCGUCACAGUGCACCUCGGGCGCUUGGACGUCGUGUCGCCGACCACCUCGACAACCACAGCGCCGUCACCCACGAUGAACAUGCAGUGUAGCCAGCGUUUCUAAUGUCGCGCUGUGCGCCCGCGGGGUAAUAGUACUACUUGCUCUUCAUGAGCACGAGCACGUCAGUGCCAUCCUUGGCCGUGAGGACGGCCGUCAACGCCUAAGCCACGCUUGAGUAUGCCGCGCAGCUUGAUGUUCCCCACGACGGUGCGGUGGGUCUCCUCCUUCUGGCGCUCGGCAAGCUGCUUCACUGAGAGAGCCUCUCCGCGUCGUUGUCGCUGGCGCGGUCGCCCUGCAGCCGGUCGUCCGUUCUUCCUCGACGUCGGCCACCUUCGCGUGCUGGUGUCCAGCUCGUCUUUAGGGCGCUUACGGUGGCUCGGCUUGGCCUUCCGGUACAGGUCUAACGCACGGGCGUCUCUGUCGGUGUUGGGGCUCGUGCUCAGCAGCUAACGGAGCUGUAAUUGGCAUGGGCUCGUCCGCAGAGGGAAUCUGCAGCGG